AACGUAUAUCAGUUCUCUGUACGUCUGCACUUAAGUAAAAUCUAUUACUGUUUUGAAUUGCUUUCGAUAACAAACUUAUCGAUUAUAAUUAAUGUGAAUAAACACAACUAUAAACUUUUUCAAUUAGUUUAGAAAUCCAAUUUUGUUUAUGAUUGUAAGUAUUGAGGUAAAAUAGUUAUGGUAUCAAUUAAUUUUGAUAAGUAUUCUUCUGGCGAUUGUAGCGUUGAAGAUUGGUCGGAUUCUGAAAUCGAAAAGGAAUUCUGUCCUGACUAUGCAGCAUUCAGUGCCAGAUACAUGGGUGAGAUAACAAACUUAUUGGGUGUAUACAGCCAAGUUAAUUGUGAAAAUGCAUUAAUACUGAACCAGGAGAUGCAGCAACGUCUGCAAGAAGUGAGAAAACGUUUGCAGGUCUUAUUACAAGCUGUUCAACAGCGAUACCUUUCAAACGAGCAACUACUGAAAAUGAGUUUGGGCAAGAAACAGCGAGGAUUUGGAAUGCGAGGUGCCUAUCUUAAAGGCGGUACAUUCUUCUUUAAAGGGAAUAUGUUUUUUAAAGAUCUUAAAUGUCGGAACUGUCCAAACAAUCAGGAUUACGAAAAUCGCAAGAAUAUGGAGAACGAAAUGUUUCCAAUGGACUUCGAGCUAUGUAGUCGACAUGUUUGGUCAUUAUUAGACAAAAAAGCUGUGGUCCAAGCAGUGAAAGAGCAGGUGGUUGACUACUUAACAGAUCACCAAAUUCGAGACAAAAGUAGUAAAUCGAAAAAGCUCAGACUAGAUAUAAAAGUUCAUACAGAGAAGUUGGCGAAUCUUUUGACACAAGUGGAUGAAAAAUUCCAGGUUGAUUGGGAGCAAGUGUCUGCACAUAAUUUAAACUAUCGACAUUCACCAAGCAGUUGUAAAACAAUGUGGCAUGUGUACUUGCACCCAACGCUUAAGCGCAGCGUUUGGUCUGAAGAAGAAAAUAAACGGCUCUUGCAUGUAGCACAAAUUCAUAAUUAUCAAAAUUGGGAAAGCAUCGCAAAAUCAGUUUCGAAACGUUCUGAUUAUCAAUGCUUUAUACAAUAUCAAACGGCCGUUUGUUUUAUGGACACACAACGUUGGGGUCGUUGGGAUAAACGUGAUGAUAUUAAGCUACUAAAAUUAAUAGAGAAGAAGUCCAUAAACGGAGUAAUCGAUUGGAAUGCAGUGGCGUCUUAUUUUCCCCACAAACCUAAAAAAUCAUUACAUCAACGUUACAUAUAUUAUUUGGAUCCAAAGAUUAGUCAUGAACCAUUCUCGCCUGAAGAAGACCUCAUAUUGUUGGCAGCGGUUGAAGAAUAUGGAGAAAAAUUCGCAUUAUUUCCACGUACACUUUUUCCAAAUCGCUCUAUAACACAGCUUCGUAUGCGCUACAGAAAUACUUUACAAACUCGUCAUAAGUUAACACCAUGGUCUGUAGAGGAUGAUAAGAAACUUAUGGAGUUUAUAUCGGAGCACGGUACAUCGGCUUGGUUACGUUGUGCUGAAGCUCUGGGUAACCACAAUCGUAUUAGUUGCCGUACACGUUUCCUUACCAUAAAGAAGUUUUUUACGAAAAAUCCAGAAGCUACACUUGAAGACAUACCACGAAAAAAGACAUGUACAAUGAAGAAUAGUGUUAUUACAACCCAAAAUUGGAUUGAAAAAGUCGCAGAAUUGCGUGAAAAUCCUGACACUGUUCUCGUACCAACAAAUCGAAAGCUUAAGAAACUUAGAGAAAAGGUUGAUAAGUUUACAGAAGUACUGAAAACUAAGGAACCUCCAAAAUGCGAGGUGCUGUCGUUAAAAAAAAUUGGGAAAAAAGUUCGGAAAAUAUCAUACGUGGAACGUUUACGUGCUGUUGAACAAAAGCUCUAUCAUUUCUUUAAAUAUUCUUAUAAUUUUCGUUUAGGCACUGAUGUAUGUACUAGACCACCAAAUGAAUUAUUAAGUUUUGUAGCAAUAUCGCUCGAUUUUAAACCAAAUUCUGCGCGGCCAUAUAUUGCUGACAGUUCGCUGCUACCGCAUAUUGAACGCCGUUGUUCAUUUUAUCUACAUCCCAAAGACCAAAUAGCAAACGAGUCUUCCUGGAAGUCAUGCAACUAUGCAUUUCCACCAAGUUGGUCAACAGCAAUGGCUUUCCGAGCGCUUUGCGUGCAGUCGGCUCAGGUGGAAUUAGAAGCAUGUAAAUCGAAUGAUAACUGCGAUUACCGCCAACCAAGCGUAAUUGAGAAAAAUAUAGCGGUACAGAAAUUUCGUAAACGCAUGCGUGCAUUACUCUAUCAAACAGCCCUAUUAAGUCGUUUAAAACCAACUCGAUUUACGGAACUAACGCAAAUCAGCGCACCGCCUGUAACAUUAGCAGAAAUAACGCCUAAAGAUUGCAAAGCAGAUACCGUCACAAGUGCAAAUGAAACUUCAGCAUGUCAAUCGGCGUUUGAUUUAACUCGUGUGAAAAACGAGUGUUCAUCUGAAUAUUUGGGUAAUCCGGAAUCCUUGUCGGUGGCACUGUAUAAACGUACGUCGCUGGAUAAGGUUUCGAAAGUUGGGAAAAAACCACGACGAACGUCGAAACCGGUUGGUCGAAAAAGAAAGUUACAAACAACAACAUCUGAAACCAGAACAGCAGUAAUGGCGGUGGUUGAGAAAAGUCUGCUGUUAGACGUUGAAUUUACAGAGAGUGCUGCCACGCUUGUUUCUAAAGCAACAAAUGAACAACCAGCUGCCUAUGAUAUUAAACAUGAACAUUCAAAAUGUGCUGCAGCGGCAUCUGAUCAAGGUUUAAACUCGAUGCAGCAAGAUUCAACGAAAGAUUCAUGUAUGGCGACGCAAAAUGGCAAAUUGCCCGAAAGUCUAUCAUCAGAGCCGGCAGAGAAACGAAUUCUCAUUGAGGCAAACCGUGCUAAGUCAGAUUUCGAUGAGGCUAAUAUAAAGACUGAGCUGGAGCUGUAGCAAUCACUAUGAAGAAGACACAUUCUCUGGUUAUGAACAAAAUAAUUGAAUUGAAUUAUAUUUUGGGUCAUACACUAUAAGAUGUCAUAUUAAUGGUUUGAGGUGUUUAUGUCUACCUCUUAUAGGUAUACGGUUCAAAACAUUGUGUUUUACAUACAUAUAACAAAUAUACAAGUUGAAAAAAAUAUAUAAUUGAAAAAA